AUGGCAUCCACAAUCAAACCCAACAGUCCUGUACACCAUAGCAUGAAGUCCUAUUCCACCAUCCUCGAGGCCCUCAGCCACCAUGCCAAGAAAACCCCUGACCAGGUUGUCUUCACCUGGGUUGACAUCAAGUGUGUGGAACAAAACAAGAUGACAUUCAAACAAGUCGAAGACCGAUCCAAUGCAGUGGCUGCUCGACUCCUCAAACUGGGAUGUGAAAAGGGAGACCGUGUCAUGAUUGCCUAUCCCUUUGGCCUCGAGUUCUUGGCUGGCAUGUUGGUUAUCCUUUACAAGACUGGCGUUAAGUGGAUCGGAACCGACAAGCUAACAACCAAGAAGAGAAACUUCAGUAGCAAGCCCAAAGGAUACGAGACCUUUAUGGGAGAACCCGAAGAUAUCUGCUUCAUCCAGUACACCUCUGGCAGUACUGGUCGUCCCAAAGGAGUCAUGAUCAGUCACAAAAAUCUUGCAGAAAAUUGCAUUGCUAUUUCUGCCAUGUCUGUACAUGGGACUGUGGCAGGCUUCAUGACUACCCUCUAUGCUGGAACUUCCCUUGUCAUGGCGUCACCCCUGGAUUUUGUGGUCAAUCCGCUGCUUUGGACUGACAUGGUGGAGCACUAUCAGGCAAACCUUACCUGUGCCCCAAACUUUGCCUAUGCCCUGCUCCUCAAACGUUUGGAGCAGGCCAAUAGGAAAGCCAACUGGAGUUGUGUCAAGCGCGCCAUGUUUGGGGGCGAACCAGCCCAAAGCCAUGUUGUGGAAGCAGCAGCGAAGACCCUCUCCAUCAAACCUGAGCAUGUGUACAACAUCUAUGGACUUGCUGAGUCUGUGGUCUUCCUCACUGGUGGCUCUGCGUACCCUGACUCUGAGGGGCUUGUCUGCUGUGGAGAAAUAGACUCCCCAACCCUCAAGCUCCGAAUCGUUGAGGAUGGAAACGAGGUUGUGGAUGGACAGGUUGGGAGUAUCUGGGCCCAGUCACCCCGUGUUGCUGCUGGAUACUAUGGCCAGUCUGAGCUAACCACCACUACAUUUUCCAAUGCUUUGCCCAAAUAUGAUGGGACCUGGCUUGACACUGGUGAUUUGGGCAAGAUUGUGGAUGGGCAGCUCUAUGUCACUGGAAGAGUCAAAGAUGUCAUCAUUAUCAAUGGCAAAAACUACUAUCCAACUGAUGUGGAGCUCUCUAUUGAUGAUAUCUUUGGUGAUGUUAUCCGUCCAGGCAGGACACCGCUUCCAAAAAGAGCAUCUUUUCUUGAAAACACUUUUUCAAAUCUUGGUAUUGCCAGCAGUGAGUUUUACCUAUCUGAAGGAACCCAACGCGAAAUCACGCGUCGUUCAAUGAGCUCGGUUGACUUCAAAUCGAUGAGAAAAAUGAUUGAUACUAUUGAUGAACCUGAACUCUUUGAGGAACAUGAAUCUGAGAGCACAGAUGACCACUUCUUGUCCAAGUUCAACCAUUUUAUAUCUUCUAUCUUUGGGUCAGAGGUAGACACCUUGAAGACAUGGGCUGAAAAUGGACUCUCAUCUCUAAAGAGCGCAGAGCUCAGGAACAAGGUGGAGGAAGAAUUCCAAGUUACACUGCCAGCCAACUUUGAACAACUCUACCCAACACCUAGCGCGCUCUCAAUCUUCUUGGAGGCAUCAAAAGGCCAGAGCUUUCCUAAGCAUGAUGUUGGUUACCGUGAGUUUGAGUGGAAUACGUCAAGAUCAAAGUGCAGCAAGCCAGUGCUCAGCAUGCUCCAGGGCCUUGCAUCAAUUGUGAUAUUUUUACUACUGUUGGUUUCACUUGCCCCAUCCUAUGUUCUCGGCACAUGGGUUUUUGACCAUUGUGGCUCUGCCACAGGUUCCGAGUGUCGUGGUCCAGUCUUUUGGAUUCUUCUGCCCAUGGCCUUUCCUAUGUUCAUCCUAUCCUUCUCAUUGGUUGUGGUGUUCUGCAAGUAUGUGGUUAUUGGGACAUAUCAGCCUCGGCAGUUUGAGAUAUUGUCAUGGGCCUACCUUCACUGGUGGUUUAUGGACAGGCUCAUGGAAGUCUGGGAGUCACUGGCUGGGCACUUCUUUGUUGAGACAAGAUACAUUUGGAUCUUCUACUGGCUUCUUGGAGCAGACUUGGCUUGGUCAGCCAAAAUCGAGUCAUACAUCCGUGAAUUCGACCUGGUCAAAGUGGGAAGAAAUGCCACUAUUGGGCACCCUCUAAAGUGCAGAAAGUUCUCUCAAUCCAACGAAGAAUGUCCCAAGAUGAAGUUCCGUCCCAUUGUUGUUGGAAACAACUGCAAGAUCUCUGGGAUGGUUAGCCCUGGUGCAAUCAUUGGCGAUGGCAGCAAGGUGGAGAAAUUGACUGUUGUAGAAGAGGGUGCUGACCUACCAAAUGACGUCCUUGCCAAGGGAAUUCCUGCCUAUAGCUCUGGGACCCACCAUUAUUCAGAACUCAUCCAAAAGGAGGAAACAGCUUUGGGCGCCUUCAAGAUUGUUUGGACUCUUAUUGAAGCUUACCACUUUUUCGCACUUUCCUUCCUGGUCCAUACAUUUCUCAAUCAAAUCUUGCCAUCAUGGCGCUAUGCAACUAUUCUGCAUUGGAUCUUGCUUGUUCCAACCUCCUCUUUCCUUGCCCUUCUUACAAGCAUGGCUCUCAAAUGGCUUCUGAUUGGUAAACGAGAUCCAUCAGAUGACUAUGAUGGUUCACUGUAUCGCCGAGCAACCAAUUGGGCAUGUGAUUUCCAUUUCCGUGUAGCUUGCUGGACUCUUACUCCCUUCUUUGGCCAAUCCAGACUCUGGAACGCUGUCCUCUUCCUCCACGGCCUUGACGUUGACAUGGAAUCCGGCCUCAGCAACCCAUACCUCAUCUUCUACCCUUCCAAAGUUGACUUUGUUAAGAUUCGAAAGUCGUUUGUUGCUACAAUCUCUCUUGACUUUGGCAAGAAAGGCGACUCUAAGAUUGAGAUUAUCAACAGCAGUGUUGGCUACAAUGUCACUCUACAUGCCGGUGUCAAGAUUAUGCGGUCUGCAAUUCCCCCAAGAUCAAAUGUUUCCGACAGUGUCUAUGAUUUGAACCAAUCUGGAGAAACAUGGAAGCCUGCUUUGAUUAUGGACUUGUUCCUUCCAGAGGUGGUUCAAGUGCUCUUAAAUUUGGUGAUAUUUGCCUCCCUCAUUCCUGCCUAUGAGAUUGGCCUUGCUGCCACAAGGAGUUCUUCUGUUUCCGUUUCCAUUACUACAUGCGGCAUUGUGGCAGCCUUUGUUCUUCAAUUGUUCCUAUGGAUACUUUUAUCCCGAGUUGUUGAAAAGGCCUUGUUGAUUCUGCCAAGGUAUGCUCAACAGAGUUUCUUUGGAGUUUACAUCAACCAUGUCUGGAUUUUUGGAGUAGGAAACUGGCUUGUUUUCCUUCUCUAUGGAACUCCAAUGUUUGCGUACUAUGCUCGCAUGAUGGGUGCAACAGUUGAAGGGGAGCUUUGGUACUUUGGCAAUGCUCUCUAUGAGUAUGAGUGCUUGCAUUUCAAGGGAAUCACAGUUGUUGAUAGUGCCCACGUGAGUGGACACUACAUUGAUCGCAAUGGGCUUACUAUUGAUGACACCUAUGUGUCUGGGUUGUUGCAUCCAGGUUGUUAUGCUUCUGCUGGGUCAGUGGUAUCUGCUGCGGAGCAUGGUCCAUGGAAAGUGUUCUUAAGAAGUGAUAUGAGUGCCAAGGAUUCAACGAAUCUGCCCAGUGAUUCAACUUCCAACAAUGUUGAUGCGUCGGACUUAGUUUAA